CUGUUUCCUGCUCAGCAGUAGUCAGAUGAGACGAUGACUUCAGAAGACUUUUCUCUCACGUACUAUAUUUAGCUGUGUGUCAGAAGGUGUUGUAGCUGUGGGUUUGUGUUCUUCAGCUAAUACCUUUUUAAAGAUUGUUCAAACACAAAAGGCUGGUGAGUAUAAACACAGCAGCCUACUUUUGAGUCAGCUGAAAGAGGUAUGUGUUAUUUUUAGAUUUGACAGGUUGUCUUGUGUUCGCAGACCACCCCUACUUCUUUUUUGUGUUUGCAGCCCAUCUCUCCAUGUUGAGACGUUCACCUGACAUCUUGAUAUGAAAUAUUUAUCUUUUCUGGCCAAAGGUCAAAGCCUUGCUUGGCUUCUUUGGUAGUUCUCACUGUUCAUGCAUAACGUUGAGGAAUUAAUACAGUUUUUAUGUAAAGCUCUGACUUGAAUGCCAAAUUUCAUAUUCCUCGUAGGGAUGCACCGAUCAGGUUUUUUGCUGCCGAUCACCGAUACCGAUAUCAAAGAAUGCUGAUCACCGAUACCGAUCACUGAUACCGAUCACAUGGAUUGGCCAGAAAUUUUCUACAACAUUAUAAUGAGUGCUACAAACUACAUAAUCUGGGAAUAAAGGAAAUGUAACCUAAUCUAAAAUGGUCUGUAUUAGGGUUGUCACGGUGUGAAAAUGUAACCUCACGGUUAUUGUGACCAAAAUUACCACGGUUUUCGGUAUUAUCGUGGUAUUUUUUUAACAUGCUGCAUUUUCACACAAAAAACCUGUAUGUCAGGAAAUAUUGUCCUCAGUUUGUGUCUAAAUUUAGCCUAAAAUGUGUUAUUUUGUAAUUAUGUUGUUUGUUUGUUUACAUUUUUUCCCUUUAGUCUUUAAAAUACCAAUAUUUGCCCAUAACUUCUUAUUUUAUGUCUGUUUGAUGUCAUCAUUUUAAAAAUAUUAGAUCAGAUGAUACUCAGUACUCAAGUAGCCUUCUAAUCAGAUACUUUUUUACCCUUACUUGAGUAAUAAACCCUAUAUCAGGAAAAUAUUGUCCUCGGUUUGUGUCCUUCCAGUGAGCUUUGCAGAUGUGGGAAAAUGUCAUCAGGCAGUAAUCGUUGUUAAAUUCAUAAUUAUUCUCGGAGAGAGACCAACUCUUAUCUGCCCCUGGGAGCCCCGUAAUGCAUAGCGUCAUUUCAACAUGGCGGUGUCCGUGACACGGUUUAUAUGCAGGUAGCGGCGCUGCGGCUGCUUUAUAUAGCGACUCGUUGCAUUCUCCCUCAACCCAAAUCCUCGGAUCACGCAUUUUAGCUAAAGCGCUAACGUUAGCUUGCCUUGCGUUGACUGUAGAGUUGUGGGUGAUGGUCACGCAGAUGUGUCAUGAGAUUUGAAGCGUUGCUGCCUUUCACAGACACUUUUUCUGCACGUGCUGCAAACAGGAUAGCCGUCUUCUAUAAACUGUCCCUCGGCAUUCUUCAAAUAUCCAAAAGAUGCCCGUACUUCCCACUUUGUCUUCUUUGAGGGAUAAAAAAUGUCCUCCUGAGCGCUGCCGUCUCUUCCUUUGGCCAUUAUUUCAGCUUUAGCUUCAAGAAAGUUUUGGUUGUAAACAACAAAGUGCGCAUGUGCCACCGGCAACUUCAGCAGAUGAUACGGUGGCUGGUAAGGGUCACCGCGCCUACACCGCAGCCACGGUAAUCCACCGAGAUAAUAGUUUUUUUUUAAAAAACAAGACGGUUAUUAUUAUUAUUGUCAACUUGUUUUUUUUUUUUACUGGGGUUUACCGCUACACUGGUUACCGUGACAACCCUACCUGAUCGGUCUGCUUUGAUCCAUUUUGAAAACUCCGAUCAAAACCGAUAGGGGCGCUAUCGGCCGAUUACGAUCAAAUGCCGAUCCAUCGGUGCAUCCCUACUCACCAGCCCCUUCAUCAGGUGCACCCUGCUAGGACUGUGUUCUGCCUUCAGAACCGGCUUAGUUCCUCGUGUCGUAGAUUUACCAAAGUAUUGGAAUCAUCCCUUAGAGGUUCGGAGCCCUACUGACAUGACAGCAUCACAGUUGCAUUCACCAUGUCAAUCUCUCGUUCCUCUACAUCUCAAAGGUUCAGGGCCCUCAUUUGUAAAGCUUCCCUUUGAACGAUACGGGGUCUGAAAAAUGCGUAAGUCAUUCUCUGGGCUACCUUCGUGAUUUAAAAAGAAACACGACAGAGAAAUGUGCAAAACUUUGAGCAAACUCUGACCCUUAUGUGAGCACGUUUUAGAGGCGGGGAAACUGUUAGCACAGCGGCUAAACGCCGGUCCGCACAUAGGCGCUUUAAGUGCCGUGGCAGAACUCCUUCAGGAUUGUUAUUUGUGGGGGUAAAACAUCAAUUUUGCAGAGUCACAUUGGUGUUGGCCAAUCAGAGGCGAGAGUCCAGAUCCUGUCGCCUGAAGCUACUUUCUCCUCUGGCUUAAUUCUCUGUGCUGAAACGGGUGCACUGGCGCUGUCGUACCCACCCCCCCAGAGCACGACUUAUAAAGCAGUUAUUCCUACUAGAGGCCACUGCAAAUGUUUUAAAAUGAGAGUUUCUGAAAAUUAAUCACUUUUUCUUGCUUGGAGUGAAAAAAAUUGCUGAAUCUAUAGACUUAUAAGAAUGAUUUAGGAGACAGAAGAAAGUUCCAUAUUUUUAUUCAAAGGUUUGUUGAUAUAGACACGUCAGAGUGAUUAUGAUUAGUUUAACAGGUUUAAGACACCACAGCAUUACUGAAUUCUGGUAUUAACCAGGGGCGGAUUUAGGACUGAAGAAGAUCCGGGGCUUAACACACACAUACACACACAUACACACACGCGCACACGCACUAGUCAACAUCAUAUAUAUACAGUAUAUGUCUUGUACCACAUAAUGUUUAAUCUGAAGCUACAUAUUCAGCAUAUUCAGGGCAGAGUAUUGUUCCUGUUAGUGUUUAGUGUGAGAUGAUAGUAAAUAUUCCUGUUCUUUCUCCAACAACUUUACCUGAUAGUAAGCUAACUUUAGGCAAACCAGCAGCACAACAAAUAUUUUCAGAUAAGACUCACAAACCUGAGUCAGCACCAGUCUCAUCAAAGCUGGGGUUCUGUUGCGGUACUUUUGGUCUAAAAAACGUCCUUAUGUCCAUCUUCACUCAUGCGUUUCAGGCAGAGAGUGUAGAAGAAGCCGGCUGCUGAAGGGCUUCUUCUUCAGUGGUGGAGGCUCAGCAGGCUGUAUACAAACUACUGCCAGCUGCUCCCUCUCUGUUGGACGUUGGUACUGCAUGUUACUUCCGCGAUUUAGAUCCGGGGCUUAUCAUGAAACAUCCGGGGCUUCAGCCCAAGUAGCCGGGCCUAACGCCGCCCCUGGUAUUAACAUUGAUUCAUUUGCAGAAAACUAAAUGAUGUUCUGAGGAUAUACCCCAAAAGAGUUUGUGUUCUCUGAGGAUUUUGUUCAGUCAGGUGAAUCAGCCCCAACAUGUGGAAAACCUUCUGAGAUAAAAUCUGCUGAAGCUGAUUCAUCCUCAGGAAGUCUGUGAGCAUGACACAUGAGGUCUGGUUAGUCUUUUGUAAAGUAGUUGUAAAAGAGAGAGAGGGUCGAUCAAAGAAACCACUAAGGGGAAGUCGGAGAUGACUCAGACUGCUGAGGAACUCGCCAUUUAAACGUUUGGACUGUAAUUGGAAGAGCGUGUGGAGGGACCUUCUGUAAAACAGUAGGAGGAUAGCCAUAAAGCCUGGAUCACCUUUAGAAGUCCAAACAACGACAGAACUUUGCUCCUCUCUGAUCAUCUUAACAACAAAACUCAGCGCUUACAUGGACCUGGACCUUUGACGCCCGCUAUGGAGAUACAGAGCCCUGUGAAUCCUUCACAUGCUGUCUUUGAGCUCUUUGUCCAAGCCCAAACCUGCCAGGAUGUGAAGCAGCACUUUGCUGAGCUGUGUAGAAAACUGCACGUCGAUCCCAAGAAUUCCAGGAGCCUCUACUCCACGAUAAAGGAACGGCUGAACUUCUGGAAGGCCAAAGCAUUGUGGGCCAAGUUGGACAAGAGAGCAUCUCAAGAACUUUAUCAGCAAGGAACAGCUUGUAUCAACAACAAGUGUCUGGUUCUGGGUGCUGGACCAUGUGGGCUGAGAACGGCCAUCGAGCUGGCCCUGUUAGGGGCUCAGGUGGUGGUUCUGGAGAAGAGAGAGAAGUUCAGCAGGAACAACGUUCUCCACCUUUGGCCAUUCACCAUCUAUGACCUCCGGGAGCUCGGAGCCAAAAUGUUCUAUGGAAAAUUCUGCUCUGGCUCUCUAGAUCACAUCAGCAUUCGUCAGCUGCAGUUAAUACUGCUGAAAGUGUGUCUUCUUCUUGGGGUUGAGGUGCACACUGCUGUGGAGUUCCAGGGCUUAAAGGAACCCUCUGGAGAAAACGGUUGGAGGGCCAAAAUAGAGCCUCCAUCUCAUCCUGCUGCAGCCUUCCAGUUUGAUGUCUUCAUUUCUGCAGGAGGAGGAAGGUUCGUCCCUGAUGGUUUUCAGCACAAGGAGUUGAGAGGAAAACUGGCCAUUGGCAUCACAGCCAACUUCAUCAAUGGGAACACGACAGCUGAGGCCCAAGUACCAGAGAUCAGUGGCGUAGCGCGCAUCUUUAACCAGAAGUUCUUCCAACAAUUACUCUCUCAAACAGCUAUUGAUCUGGAGAAUAUUGUUUACUACAGAGACGACACCCACUACUUUGUCAUGACUGCCAAGAAGAAGAGCUUACUGGAGAGGGGGGUCAUUCUACAGGACUUUAACGAUGCUGAUCAACUUUUGGCUCCUGGAAAUGUGGAUCAUGUGGCUUUGUGCCUUUAUGCUCACGAUGCUGCAUACUUCUCCACUGGGGGCCAGUUGCCUGACCUCCAGUUUGCUCAGAAUCAUGCCCGCAAACCAGAUGUGGCCAUGUUUGACUUCACUUGCAUGCACCGUUCUGAGAAUGCCUCACUGGUCCGGGAGAGGAGGGGCAAGAAGCUGCUAAUUGCUCUGGUUGGUGACUGCCUAGUGGAGCCCUUCUGGCCUCUGGGGACAGGCAUUGCCCGUGGUUUCCUUGCCGCCUUUGAUGCUGCGUGGAUGGUGAGGAGCUGGGGUAUGGGUGUCCCACAUCUGAAACUCCUAGCUGAGAGAGAGAGCAUCUACCAGCUCCUCUCCCAGACCACAACCGACAACACCAGCAAAGUUUACUCUAAGUACAGCAUUGAUCCCAAAACGCGGUACCAGAGUGUCAACCUGUCCUCCAUUCAGACCCACCAGGUCCAGCACCUGUACGAUGCUGAUAAAAGUCGCCCAACCAGUACAAGACAGAAGGAAAGUGGGUCGCGCAGUCGAGAGUCAGUCAGUGGUUAUGAGGAGUUGUUAAAAUGGUGUCAGAAACACACCACAGGCCAUAAGAACGUGAAAAUAAAUGACUUCACCCAGUCCUGGAGGUCCGGGCUGGCUCUGUGUGCUCUGAUUCACCACUUUCAACUUCAUCCAAUUGACAUAUCUUCUCUGGAUGAGUCGGACAGCGUUCACAACAACCAGCUGGCCUUCAAGAUUCUACAGAAGGAGCUGGGCAUCCCCCCUGUCAUGUCUCCCAGUGGACAGAUAGACAAACUGUCCAUGGUCCUCUACCUCACCCAGAUCAAAGAUGCCCUCUCUUUGCCUCCAAAAGAACCUGCGGGCCUUCCGAGACCUGCCAAGACCCUGAGAUUCUCCCGGACACAAUCAGCUGUGUUGUUUCUGAACAAGCUGAAGCACAGCUCUCUGCAAAGACGAAAGGAAAAGCUGGUAGCUGAGAACCAAGCCCAAGAAGUAAAGACCAUGGAGGCUUCGAUGCCUCUCGUGUCUCCUGAAGACCGUCCUGUGCCUCCACCUGCCUCAGUGCCUGAGCCCAUUGAGACCGGGAUAGAGGGGAACGGUGAGCUGUGUUACUUCUGUGGUCAAACGAUGUACGUGGUGGAGCGCAUCAGUGCUGAGGCAAAGUUCUUCCAUCGGAGCUGCUUCACCUGCCAUCACUGUGGCAUAACGCUUCGACUAGGAGGAUACACCUUUGACAAGAAUACAGGGAAGUUUUACUGCGAGCUGCACUCUGAAGAGCUGCUGCUUCCUAAUGGUCUGAAACCAUCUUGUGAGGUAAACAGAAACGCUCUGCUUGAGAUAGAUGAGGAGAAUGAGUCUUCUAGUAAGAACAGCACACCAUCCCCUUCAGAUGACGAGUAUUUCCUGGACUCUGCUCCUUCCCUUAAACAGUCUUUAAAACACAACGAACAAGCUCGGCAAAUCGAAGAACAAUCUGAAGAACCACAGAAGUCUAAAACGUCCACAGAGGCAGCAGCUCCCACUGAGGAGGAGGUGGAGGAGGCGAUGCCCUGCCCAGUCCCGAAGCCACGCCAUUCCCGUGAGAGCGCUCCCAGCUUUGAGCUCUCUCAGCCAGUGGCAAAACCUCGGACGGUCCUGAUGAAACCAAACAAACCUCCAUCUCCAGUUCCAGGGGUGGAGAUCUCUAAACCAGAUCCAGACUCCCGUCUUAAACUGUCUCUGAGAAAGCUUCAGUUGAGCAACGAGGAGAAAAACGAGCUGGGGAACCUUCAGAGUUUUGGUGCAGACUCUGACUCGGAGACCCCUGGUGGAUCUUCCUCCUGCUCUUCUUCCUCUGCGAAUGCAGGAGGUCCCCCUAAACAAGAGGGCCUGGAUGGGCAAGAAGAAGAGGGCUACUGGAGCGGGAGCACUCCCAGUUUCCUCCGGGAGAAGAGGAACCGACUCUGCUUCAAAAGGAAGGAGAUGCCAAACGGGCAGCCCAGAGCACGGUCCAAGUUUUCACCCUGGAAUCUGUCCUCCCCGAGGAUCAGUAGAGACUCGCGGCUCAGUGUUCACGUCAGUCGUCCAGAGAGUGUGGAAACAGCAUUCAGAGAUAUUCACAGCACCUCAGAGGAUGGUGUUGAUGAAGAUGACGAUGAAGAUGAUAUGUUUGCAUCUGAUGAUUCUGACGUGUUUGAUAGACAGUUCCAGACGGUUCCGUCAGACCCAGUCGAGGCUGAGAAGCAGGAGUUAAAGAGGAUGAAAACUUUAGCGCGGCGAGCCAAGAUGAGCGAAUUACAGCGAUUUCGUAAAGCUCAGUCCAUCCAAAGACGGCUGGAGGAGAUCGAGGUGUCCUUUAAAGACCUGGAGGAGAAAGGAGUGGUGCUGGAGAGACAUCUGAGAGGAGAAGCUGCCAACAGCAGUUCCCCCGAUACGAUUGAACAGUGGAUUCAGUUGGUCCAUGAGAAGAAUGCGCUGGUGUCUGAGGAGUCCGACCUCAUGGUGGCGUCUCGGCAGCUGGAACUGGAGGACAAACACAGCACGUUAAAUCUGGAGUACAGGAAGUACAUGGAGCUGAAAGACAAGACUCCAGAGCAGCAGUCAGAAGAAGAUCGUCUGUUUCAGGAGAUAAUCGAGGUUGUGGAAAUGAGGGACUCUCUGGUGACAUUUCUGGAGGAAAAGAGGCUGAAAGAGAUCAGCGAGAAAGAAGAGGCCUUCUCCAUUAUGGAGGCUAAAAGGCAGUCGUUGGCCGAAUAUCAGGUUCAGUGGGCUUAAAACUUGCCAUGCACAUGCUGUGCAGGUUAUGCUAACUGUUUAGGAUUUGAUGUAUUCAGAUUUGAACCUGAAAUCUAAAGUUGUAAAGCCAAAGAUGAUUUUUGUGGAAGGCAGCAGACCAGGAGUGGACCUUCUGGGAUGAUCUGGCUCUAUUUGAUGUGUUUAAGUGCAUCAGCGACCUUUCACAAGAGUGGAGUCAAGGCUGCAGAUCUAAAACGGGAAAGUUUUAUGUGGCCGCGGAACGUGUCCUCCAGUAUCAGAACUAUGAGCCAAGAGCAACGCCUAGACAAAGCAGCAAAAACUUUUAAAAUGAUGGGAAAGAGGGAAGUUCUUGGAAUAUAGAGCUUUUAUUUGAUGCUUGUUCGAACUGUGUUUUAAUGUGUAACAAAAAUAUCGAACAUCCUGAGCUCUUCAGUAUUUCUACGCCAACAAACAUGGAGGUUGCAAAUCUAGAAGAAAUUUUAAAUGAUAGAAUUCAAAGUCUGCUCUUGAUUUAUUUUUUUUAACGUUUAAGACUUUUAAACAUUGAUUAAUUCUGUGGCACUUUCUGCUUUUCACUGCAUGUUUUCUUCGUGGUGGUCAGUUAAUUUCAGGGGUUGAUGGUUCCGUCCUGUAAGAUCAGGGAUGCUGAUUUCGGGAUGAGUAGCUGACAUGAACAGACCAGAUCAUCUGUUUUUGGAUGGCUUCGUUUUGCAGUCGCUGCUGGAAAAGCCGCACAUGGAGCCAAACAAGCCAAAAGGCCAGACUAGGGACAAUUUAUUUACUUUUCUGUUGCCAUUUUGUGCCACUGUCCAGCAAAGAUCACCUACUUUUAUCUUCAGUUUUUAGGGGAAUUUAUUUUUAUUUUGGUCUUGUUUGUAAAUCUCCAGCAAGUGGAGGCUGGACUUCUGCUGCUGUUUCAGCUUCAAACCUCUAGGGUGCACUCUGGGUAUGAAAACCAUGGACUGUCUGAUAGACACAUAAGACCUAAACACUGGAGCUGCACCAGCUUAGUUCAUCUGUGAAAGUAUUAUGGUUCAUAACUGAGAAAAACAUCCAAAUAAAAAGAUUAAUUAUGAAAUCAUCACUCUUUAAUGAAGCUGUUUUUAUAAUUUGUGAAAUAAAAAAAAGUAUUCACUUUUA